AUGCCGCUGCUCGCGGGCGGCAAUGCGACGCGGCAUGCCGAGGCGCUGCUGGCGGGGGAGGAGGCGGAGAAGGAGGCGGGGGAGCGCGCCAGGGAGAGCAAGAAGGGGAAGAAGAAGAAGAAGAAGAAGGGCGGCGGGGGCGGCGGGGGCGGCGCUGGGACGUCGCCCGAGGAGCCCGAGGAUGAGGCAGCGCUGGCGGCGAGAGAGGAUGCGGAGUUGGCGGCGGCGCUCGAGGAGAGCGCGAGGCUGGAGGUCGGGGCGACGCGUGCGGCGGGGGAUCAGGCGCGAUUCGCCGAGGGCGCUUCGUCACCGGCGGCGGAGGCGCCGCCUGAGGGAGAGGAGGAGCCGCCGGACGACUUUAUCUGCCCAAUCACGACCGAGAUCAUGAGCGACCCGGUGAUGGCGGCGGACGGGCAUGCUUACGAGCGGACGGCGAUCGAGCGCUGGCUCGCGACCAAGUCGACGAGCCCUCUGACGGGCGGCGCGCUCGAGCACCCAUACCUCACACCCAACCACAUGCUGCGCCGUCAGAUCCGGGACUGGGAGGGGGCGCGCAAGGCAGUUUGA